GCCGUAGCGGCAGUCGCUCGUAGCUGUCGUAGAGCGUUGGCGUAGCGCAUUCUACGAUUUUCAAUCGCGUUUAGUUACAUUGGAACUAUAGGUACUAUACCGAGAGAGAAAUUUCAUCUAAAUAGUACAUAAUUAUAUAAUAGUACAUAAGUGAUUUUGAUAGAUAUUGUUACGUGAAUUUGGAUGUACUCCGUAACAGGUCUGAUGAAUGAAGAUGAUCACGAAAUUGAAGAGGAAGAUUAGAAAAGGAGCAUUUUUGAUAGAAAUAGAAGUGAUAAAUACGACAGAAGUGAAGUAAAUUUUGGAGAGGACAAAUGUAAUAGAAUUAACGAUGCGUUUCGAAUUAGUGUGCGUGCUGACCGCGGCGUUGGCGCUGCAGAUAAUUGGGGCCUCGACGCUGAUGUGUCCGAGUGACCCUAACUGCGUUUGCGGCGGCACGCUCGCUGUCGAACUCAAUUGCAACAUCGACGGUCGUAUAGUAAAAAUAAAUCUACUACCUAAUACAUACUUAAACAUAAAAUGUGAGAAUUCCACAAGUCUUGACUAUAAUAAAUUACCUAAAUGUGCCAACGAUAUGAAUACAUUUAAAUCAGUCAGUUUCAAAGACUGCCCAUUACCGACAUCUUCAUUCAAAGAUGUCUUAAACAGUUUAGGAGUUUCCAAGACGAUGGCACUGAUAUUCCAGAAUGCAAAGAAUUUGUCUGGAUACUUGGACAGAAGACAUUUUGCAGGAUUACAGGACUUGACUAAAUUAUUGCUAUCAGUGAAUGGAAUCACACGAUUACCAGAUAACCUAUUCAUGGAUAUCAAUAGGUUAACUUGGUUAAAUAUAAGAUCAAACAGUAUAAAUCUUUCCGAAGAACUAUUCAAGCCUCUUGAGAAACUAGAGACAUUAGAAAUAAGUCACAAUCACAUGACCAACAUUUCUUCAAAUUUGUUUUCCCACUUAACUUUAUUGAGGAAACUCUCGUUGUGGCAGAGCAAUGUAACUUGGUUCUCUGAAGACUUUUUCACUGGAGUCGACGUUCUUGAAGAGUUAGAUUUGAGUUCUAAUGGUCUUAACGAACUUCCGUGGUCGAUAUUCAAGCCUCUGAAGAAAUUGAAGAAACUGACAUUAUUAUCGAAUAAGUUCUCAGCGUUGCCACAAAAUUUGUUCAAAUACAAUGAUGAGUUGGAAACAGUCGUUAUUCUGAACAACGACGUAAAACUUAAGGAACUCCCUAAAUACUUGUUCGGGAACUUGAAGAAUUUGAAACAGAUAUAUAUUCAGAGGUGUGGCCUGGAAAUAUUACCAUACGACGUUUUUGCGAAUUCUCCCGAUCUCACUAACAUAUCGUUAUCUUAUAAUGAUAUUACAACUUUGCCCGAAUCAGUUUUUAAUGAUCAAAUUAAUUUAUUGGAACUAGAUUUGAGUCACAAUAAUCUGAAGGAUUUGGAGCCAAAGAUAUUUUCAUCUCUCGUUCGUCUAGAAAAGCUCGAUUUACAUCACAACUCUUUGGUUGAAAUCUCUGGGUAUACAUUUUCGUCUCUGCUGAGUCUGAUACACCUCAAUAUGGAGAACAAUAAAUUGACGACAAUUUCUGACCUCUUAUUCAGCAAUAACAGACAAAAAAUGUCAAUAUCGCUGGCUUAUAAUAGAUUGACCUUCGAAAAGACAAAAAUAAUAAACAACAUGACAAGGAUUACAAAAAGAAUAUCUCCAUUUGCGCACACCUACAAUUUAAGACUACUGAAUUUGAGUCGCAACAACUUUGAAGUUAUUUUUGAUGAAUGGUGGUUAAAUGGUCAUGACAUAUUAGAUAUUAGCCAUAAUAAAAUUGAAGUACUUUGGGAUAACGAUAAAUCUACACUUAAUAUAAAACCUGGAAAAAGUUACGAAGAUGUUCUCAAAAGACCUUUGAAAGAAAUAUGGAUUUCUCACAACCCAUUGAACUGUGAAUGUAAAAACUUUUACUUCAUUGAUUUUCUAGAAGAACAUUCAAAAAUUAAGAUUCCUGAUUUGUCAUCAUUCAAGUGCCCUAUAUGGACCAGAGAAUCAUGUUACAUGAGAUAUAUUAUUUUCAUCUCCUUAAUAUUGAUUUUAGUGUCUCUUUAUAUAGUUAUGAUAAUAUUAUUCGUAUUCUAUAGAAAACAAGUGAACUCGAUGGUAAAGAGGAAACUACGAGACAGGAAAAGCAAGAACGGAGUGCCAUUCCAUAAAACUCAUAAAGACAAAUCCCGCAAUAUUAUUGUGAGAUACUGUGAUGACGACGAAGAGUUCGUUCUGAAAGAAGUUGUUCCCGGGUUAAGGUGUCAUAACUUGAAGCUGUUUAUGAAACCAGUGAGUAAUGAUAAACAGAACUUAGUGAAGAGCCUAGCGCGAUGUGUUAAAGAUUCACGUAGAUACACAACUCUUGUUGUGUUUUCCCCAAACUACUUAAUGUCAACUUACAGUCACGUGAACAUAAAGAAAAUUCAUGGUGAAAUGUUAAAAGCGGAAAAUACUGUUUACAUUUUCGUCGAUAUCGGCCUCGAAAAUUCGAUAUACGCAUUCUUGAAGGAGCAAAGGGAUGAGAACACGUCAGUUUUGUGGAGUGAGGUGGAUUUUUGGAACAAAAUUCUGGGCAUGCUGUCUGUCGAUCGCAAGAAAAGGGUCACCGCGGUCAGCAUAAAGGAUGACGUGAAAAUGCCAAGAAAAUUUAAGAAACUACCGGGAAAUAUUUCUUUUUCCAAAUUACCUGACUGGUCAACUUUUUACAAUGUAAACCCAUUCUCUCACAGUCACGUUUAGUUACAUUGUACGAUAAUUUAGUGAGGUAAAGACUGACUCCAUCACAAUCAAUAGUAAAUCUCACAUGUAACAAAGGUUUCGCGUUUUCAGAUCUGAUGUUCUAAUAUUGGUUUUCGUAUCCUACAUGGCUUUGAACACAGGCUCCAAAAUCUUACAUGCAGACAUAGGUAAUGCUGCAAAAAAUAUACUUUUGGGAAUUCAUAAAUAAAAAUCCGACUCGAUAUAAAUCCGACUCGAUAUAAAUAAAAUAUUGGAGAAAAAGAAGAUUUUUAAUAUUAAAUUCCCAGAGGUGUGUCGCAAUAGUAAUAUCUCGGAUAUAAUACUUAUUUUAUGACGUUAUUAAUAUUGUGAAUUAAUUUUGGAUUUUACUCACUUUUCGGUUUAAGCAUAAUAAUUGUAUAUUGUUAAUCUAUCAUCAGAGAACGCCCAGUUACAUUAAUGGGCGUAACGACCAGAAAAUCAAGUUACGUUUCAUUUUGAAGACUUUAUGACCGGCUGCUUGCCUGACGUCAAUCUUGUUGAUGAUGAAUGAUAAAAAUGUAAAUAAAUAUGAAAUCGGAUAACGCAAAAUCAUUUAAGUUUUAAAAUAUUAAUAAAUUAAUUUUAUUUACAAUCUUUACGUUUUAGCUAUAACUGUUAAGUAUUUGGAUCGAUUACUUGUGUAAAAUUUUUACCUAAAUAUGUAAAGUCAGCAAUUAAGUAUAUUGUAUUGUUUGUAAAAGUAGAUUAAACCAUAAGUCAUUUAUUGUUCAGUGGGUAAACCUGCAUUUAAUUUUACUCAAUAUUGAGCUUCAAAGAAGUGAGUAAAUGAAGUGACGAAUGUAAUCGAUAUUCAUGUAAUCUCUUUCUUUUGUUUAAUUGUAAAUAAUUACUAUUAUAUUAUAAUUAAAAAUACCAUUUACGUUUCAUGGAAACUGCAUGUUAUUAAGAAUUGUAAGCUACAGCUUAUAAUAAAACGUAUACUUUAUAAA